GGGGGGCCGGGUGACGGGGGCGAAAUCCUUGCUGCCUUCCCGCGGGAACGUCACGUCCCGUGGGUGUCCACGGGAAGCAUCCCUUCCACUCCAAAUGUCACAACCGCCUCGGCGAAAUGCAGUCAGAGCCACGAAAAAUAUCUUGAUAGUUGAUAUUUUCCAUGCGAUCUGUUGCUCCAUCGGAAGCCUUAAAUAUGCUGCUUAUACCUGGAGUUUCGGGGUGACUGAGCCUCUUCAACAAGCCUCCACCAACCUGUCGCACCGACAGAUGAACGCCAGCAAGCGAAUAUUUCAAGAAAGACUUGGUCGCCAACUGUAUCCAGCUUUGUGGCCAUCAAUUUCACCUACAAUGGCGAUCAACCCCCCUUCCUCAUCUGCCCGAAGGACUCGAUGUUCAUUGCCAGCCGUCUUAAUGCGAGCUGGCACUUCAAAGGGCCUCUUCAUCCAUCGAGCGCAUCUUCCACCGUCAGAGAAUGCAUGGGCUGCUCCCCUCCUGGCCGCGAUGGGUUCACGUUACAACGACACCCGCCAGAUCGAUGGCGUUGGCGGCGCAACAAGUGUCACAUCGAAGGUGGCAGUGGUAGCUCCUUCAAGUCGCCCUGGCGUUGAUGUCGACUACACCUUUGUCCAGGUAGCCGUAGGCAAAGAAACCAUCGACAUGAGCGGCAAUUGCGGCAACAUGUGUUCUGGUGUCGGGCCGUUCGCCGUUCAGGAAAAGCUCGUGGAGCCUCAGCCUGGCGCACGAACUGUGGAUGUACGGAUUUUCAACACCAACACUUCAAGCACCAUUGUCGAAACUGUACAGAUAGAUGAAAAUGGUGAGCUCAAGGAGGACGGCAAUUGUAUCAUUCCUGGCGUCAGGGGCUCCGGCAGCGAAAUCAAGGUUGCGUUCGUUGAUCCGGCAGGGAGCAUGACGAACAAGCUGUUCCCCAGCGGAGUUCGCGCCGAGAAGAUCGUCGUUGACGAAGUGGCAGGCUUGUCGCCUUUCUCGGUAGAUGUAACACUCAUCGACUCCGCGAAUCCAUUCAUCCUGGUAGAUGCCCGGACCACGGCGCCGCUUUUGAAAGGCCAACAGCAGGACUCGCCACUUACCAUCACAGUCACCGAAGCCAUUCGCCAACACGGUGCUGUACUGAUGGGCCUUGCGCCAGAUCUUGAGGCGGCAUCUAUGGUUCGAGGCACGCCAAAGAUAGCCUACGUGUCUCGGCCCGAUCCUUCGCCCUGCUCGCCCUCAGACAUCCAAGUCCUGGCGUACAGUAUGGGAAAACCGCACCCCAGCUUGCAGUUGACCGGCGCAGUGUGUAUUGCAAGUGCAGUCUGCAUGGAAGGCACUGUUGCCAAGAGCGUUGCACGUGGACAGACAUCGGGCGAAAGCGAGGCGCUUACUCCAGAGCGGACUCCCAGCCCACCUGGGACGGCGGCACGGGACAUACAAGAACUCGAACAUAGAGCUGAUCUGUUGGCGCCGGGCUUAAGCUCUUACAGCACACAGGUGAUCACAAUCACCCACGGCAGCGGCUCUAUGGAAGUUGAAGUUUGGACCAAGCUAGGGCCAUAUGGCCUCGAAAUCGACCGCUGCAUCGUUUCGAGAACCGCUCGAAGAUUAUUCGAGGGGAAAGUAUUGACAGCAGCCCGAUACGAUGACCGGACCCGCGCAUGCGAGAAAAGCGGUCAGCAUACCAUUGACAGGCGCAUUGGAGUCAGCGUAACCGCCGGCCUCAUCACUUCUGCGGGUCUGGGCCUUCGACCGAGUACUUAG